AUGCAGCUUAAGACACUAAGUGCCGAUGCCGCAAGGCCAAGGGGUUAUGUCUCCGGGCACCUCCGGCUAAGAUCUACACUUGAUCAUAGCCAAAAGGCCGAGAAGCGCGAGUUUUCUGAGGUAGAAGAGUUUUCUGAAGAUUCACCUGAUGAGGAAGAUUGGCAAGAUAUUUUUGACGACAAAGAAUGGGAAGAUUUGGACUCAGAUGAGGAAGAAAUACCUACGGCAUUUACCACUAGGUUUAAAGAUACAGAAAAUUGUCUUAAAUGUCAGGACACUGAGUGGCCAAAUCAGGAGAAGACCCUGUGUAUUGAGAGACAAAUUGAAUUUCUUUCCUAUGCUGGUGAUCCCCUAACUCUAAUCUUUAUUAUCUCAUCUGUAAUCCUUUUUAUAAUAGCAGCAGUUAUACUGGGAAUCUUUAUUUCAUUCCGAGACACCCCAGUAGUGAGAGCCAAUAAUCACACUCUGAGCUUUAUUCUCCUUGUCUCCAUCAAGCUGAGCUUCCUCUCUGUGUUUCUGUUCCUCGGUCGCCCUGUGGAUAUAACCUGCAUGCUCCGGCAAACCUCCUUUGGGAUCACCUUCUCCAUAGCUGUGUCUUGUGUCCUGGCCAAGACUCUCAUGGUUUCCAUUGCAUUCAAAGCCACCAAGCCUGGGAGUCCCUGGAGAAAAUGGGUUGGGGUAAAACUGGCAAAUGGGCUUGUUUUUAUUUGCUCAUUAAUUCAGUCACUAAUUAAUGUUAUCUGGUUGGUCAUUGCACCCCCUUAUGUGGAGCAAAACUUUCAUUCUGAACCUGGAAAAAUCAUCAUUCAGUGCAAUGAGGGCUCAGCCAUUGGCUUCUAUAUUGUCCUCUCCUACAUGGGGCUGUUGGCAUCUGUGAGCUUCAUUGUAGCUUUCUUGGCUCGGAGCUUACCGGACAGUUUUAAUGAGGCCAAGUACAUCACUUUCAGCAUGCUG